AUGGUCCGUUUUGCGAUUCUGCGGGCCUUGUCGGCGCUGCUCGCUACCGUCCAAACUGUGUUGAGCACGCCUUUGUCGACUAAGUAUCUGAGUCGAGCGGAUACCUCUUCAUAUAACGACGCAGUAUGGCCUUCGACAUUGAAUGGUCAGAUUUACGGCACAUCAUGGCCGGAGUUUGCAAAUAAAACGGAGCGCUGGUCGUCAUACAAGGCGCCGACGUUUGACGAAGUAUUCCUCCCUGAGAACGAAAACGACCUCUCAUUGGGUCUCGAGUUCAUGUCGAGCAAGAACAUGUCGUGGCUGGCCAGAUCGGGAGGACAUGGAUAUUCUCCAACUCCGCAGUCAAUUCAGGAUGGCGCUUUAGUCAACCUAGAAAACUUCAAUCAUGUCAAAGUCCAGUCUGCCGUGGGCUCAUGUCCCUGCGUCGGAUCAACGGGUGCCAUGCUUGGCGGAGGUUUGGGUCGUCUCCAAGGCUUGCACGGACUGACCAGCGACGCUCUCCGUAAAGUCCGCUUGGCGCUGUGGAAUGGAACUAUCAUUGAAGCAUCCGAACGCCAGAAUCAAGAUUUGUUUUGGGGCAUCCGAGGCUCUGGCCAAAACUAUGGCAUCGUUUUUGAGUCAACAUACGAGACUUGGCCAGCGACCCACGGAGGCGUCCACUAUAGUGCAGACAUGACCUUUGCCAAAAGCUCGAUCGAGAAAGUCAUGAAGGUUGUCAACAAGCUAACAAGUCCGGCGCUGGAUGAUAAGCUGGCUCUUAUUACCUUUUUUCCGUUAAAUGUCACAACGUCUGAGCUCACCAUGAUUGUCAACGUCGUGCAUUCUGGACCUAAGGAAGUGGGACAGAAUUAUACCAAGCUCUUUUUGCCUUAUAGCUUGAGCCUUGAAGAGCACAUGCUGAAGUGGGAAGAGCUGCCUACCAAAACUGUUUUCGGCCUCAUUCCUUACUCCUGCGCAUCUGGCCCGCCAUACGAUCUAUACAGUGUAAACGCGAGGACCCUCAACCCGCCGCCAUGGGUCGAUUUUGGCGACCAGUUCGAAAAAUUCAUGCAGCAGCACCCUGCGGCCAACGGAUCCUCCAUGAUGAUCGAGACUUUCCCAGUCCAGGGCAUCGAGGCGCUCAGGGACGAUUAUUCCGCCUUUCCUCACCGCAGGUACUUUCACAAUAUUAUCGAAGUCAUUGGAGUAUACACGGAUUAUAGCAUAGCAAAGCCAGUCGAUGACUUUCUCCGCUCUUGGCGAGACAAAUUCGCCGCUACCUCUGGAUAUGAAAAGCUUCAUCUCUAUCAGAACUACGCUCACGACGAUGAACCGCUGUCGGCGCUUUACGGAUACCAGCCGUGGCGUCAUGAGCGGCUUACAAAGCUAAAGGGUGCUUAUGACCCCUAUUGGCUUCUUUGA